AUGGAGCAGGAGAAUACAAGUGAACUGAGGAUUGUGCUGGUGGGAAAGACUGGAGUGGGAAAGAGUGCUACAGGAAACACUAUCCUUGGAAAAGAAGCAUUCAAAUCUGAAUUGUCUAGCUCAUCUGUGAGCACAGUCUGUGAGAAAGCCAAAGUAAAAAUAAAUGGGAGAACGGUUGCAGUAAUAGACACUCCAGGCCUUUUUGAUACCAACGUUACAGAGGCAGAAAUUAUAAUGAAGAUCAAGACAUGCAUAUCCCUGUGUGCACCGGGCCCUCAUGUGUUUGUGGUGGUUCUACAACCCGGAAGAUUCACCAAAGAAGAGAAAGAUACAGUGGAGCUAAUCAAAGGAAUCUUUGGUGAAGGUUCUUCACAGUACAUCAUGGUGCUCUUUACACAUGGAGACCAGCUUGCAAAAAGCAAGAAAAGCAUUCAGGAGUUUGUAACCAAAGGUUCUGACCUGGAGAAAUUUAUUCAAACCACCAGUGGAAGAAUCCAUGUAUUAAACAAUGAGGUUAAGGAUCCAGAACAGGUUAAUAAGCUGCUUGAACAGAUAGAUCAGCUGAUUACAAAAAAUGGUGGAAGUCACUACACAAAUAAAAUGCUGGAGAAGGCUGAACAAGCAAUUCAAGAGGAAAAGGUCAGAAUUCAAAGAGAAACUCCAAUGGGUGAUGAGCAAGCAAGAGAGAAAGCAGAAAGAAGCAACAAUGUCCUGGAAACCAUUAUUGGUAUUGUGGUUCCAUUAGUUUUAACUGUACUUGCUGUAGUACCCAAAUGUACAAUACAGUAA